AUGUCGGGCGAUGGCAGUUCGAUCAAAUACGGAAGGCAGGAAAAGAAGAUGAAGCCAGGCGUCCUUUGUCAGGAGAUCGCAGACUUCGAGUCCAGUAAGUUCCACAGAAACACCCCCACGAAGCUUGCACCGUUCCUCGCUCAGAAGGGUGCCACGGACACCUACAACAAAUUCAAGGAGGAUGUGCUCGCAAAUAAGAAGUGGCAGGGCGCGUUCAACUGGAAGGGCGUCCAGAAGGUCACUGUCGACAGCAAGGGCGCGUUUGCAGCACACGGCAUCGACCUGUUCCUGUGCAACCGCCGAAUGGCUUCUGGCCCCGAGGGCGGGGGGGGCGGCUUCGCACAGUGGUUCGAGUUCGUGGAUACGACCAUCCAGAAGGACUACACGCCCGACGAGGCCUUCGACCCGGCCCUGGCGCCCUGCUGCGCCUGCAGCGUCAUGUGA